AUGGAUAACGCGCACACAAAGACGGUGGAAGAAGUUCUCAGCUUUUUCAACGUAAAUGAAAGCACUGGCCUGAGUUUAGAGGAAGUUAGAAAACAACGGGACCGAUUUGGACCGAACGAAUUGCCGGCUGAGGAGGGCAAGUCUCUUUGGGAACUUGUUCUUGAGCAGUUUGAAGAUUUGCUCGUGAGGAUCCUGUUAUUAGCUGCCUGCAUAUCUUUUGCACUGGCCUGGUUUGAGGAGGGGGAAGAAACCAUCACAGCCUUUGUGGAGCCUUUUGUCAUCCUCCUAAUUCUCAUUGCUAAUGCCAUAGUGGGAGUCUGGCAGGAGCGAAAUGCAGAAAAUGCAAUCGAAGCACUCAAGGAGUAUGAGCCAGAGAUGGGAAAGGUGUAUCGCCAGGAUAGGAAGAGCGUCCAGAGAAUCAAGGCCAGAGACAUCGUACCUGGGGACAUAGUGGAAAUAGCUGUUGGUGACAAAGUGCCUGCAGACAUCCGGCUGGUUUCUAUCAAGUCAACCACUCUGAGGGUCGACCAGUCGAUUCUAACGGGAGAGUCUGUGUCUGUGAUCAAACACACAGAUCCAGUGCCCGACCCACGUGCCGUCAACCAGGACAAGAAGAACAUGCUCUUCUCUGGUACAAACAUUGCAGCUGGCAAAGCGGUCGGUGUUGUUGUGGCCACAGCUGGGAACACAGAAAUAGGCAAAAUCCGAGACGAGAUGGCAUCAACGGAGCAGGAGCGAACGCCCCUGCAACAGAAACUGGACGAGUUUGGACAACAGCUGUCCAAGGUCAUUUCGCUGAUCUGCAUCGCCGUGUGGAUCAUCAACAUCGGACACUUUAGCGAUCCUGUCCACGGCGGCUCCUGGAUCCGAGGCGCCGUCUAUUACUUUAAGAUUGCUGUGGCUCUGGCUGUUGCUGCUAUUCCUGAAGGACUUCCCGCUGUCAUCACCACCUGCUUGGCUUUGGGGACGCGGCGCAUGGCCAAGAAGAACGCCAUUGUCCGCAGCUUACCCUCAGUGGAGACCCUGGGCUGUACAUCUGUCAUCUGCUCUGACAAGACCGGGACACUAACCACCAAUCAGAUGUCUGUGUGCAGGAUGUUCAUUGUUGAUAAGGCUGGAAGUGAUCACUGCUUCUUAAAGGAAUUCACCAUCACCGGCUCCACGUACGCCCCGGAUGGAGCAGUGUUUCAUAAUGAAAAACCAGUCAAAUGCUCCCAGUAUGACGGUUUGGUGGAGCUGGCGACCAUCUGUGCGCUCUGCAAUGACUCGGCCCUGGACUACAACGAGGCCAAAGGCGUUUAUGAGAAAGUGGGUGAAGCCACCGAGACGGCGCUCACGUGUCUGGUGGAGAAGAUGAACGUGUUUGACACGGACCUUAAGAGCUUGUCGAAGGUCGAGCGAGCCAACGCCUGUAACUCUGUAAUCAAGCAACUGAUGAAGAAAGAAUUUACUUUGGAAUUUUCCAGAGACAGGAAGUCUAUGUCCGUUUACUGCACUCCCAAUAAAGCCCGCUCCUCUUUGGGCAAGAUGUUUGUUAAGGGUGCCCCAGAGGGAGUGAUUGACAGGUGCACACACAUCCGCGUGGGCAGCACCAAGAUGCCAAUGACUCCUGCCAUCAAGGACAAGAUCAUGUCCGUGAUCCGAGAGUACGGCACCGGCAGAGACACGCUGCGCUGUCUGGCUCUGGCCACUCGAGACGAACCGCUGCACAAAGACAGGCUGGUGUUAGAAGACUCCACCCGCUUCAUAGAGUAUGAGACUGAUCUGACAUUUGUGGGCUGUGUCGGGAUGCUGGAUCCUCCCAGGGCAGAGGUGGCGGCCUCUAUCAGGCUCUGCCGCCUUGCAGGCAUUAGAGUGAUUAUGAUCACCGGAGACAACAAGGGAACGGCGGUGGCUAUCUGUAGACGCAUCGGUAUCUUCGGGGAAGAAGAUGAUGUUUCCAGCAUGGCGUUUACCGGCAGGGAGUUUGACGAUCUGUCCCCCGCUGCCCAAAGAGAAGCCGUGGUCAAGGCUCGCUGCUUUGCCCGUGUGGAGCCUGCUCAUAAGUCAAAGAUUGUUGAAUACCUGCAGUCGUACGAUGAGAUUACAGCUAUGACCGGCGAUGGCGUCAACGAUGCCCCCGCCCUGAAGAAGUCUGAGAUCGGCAUCGCCAUGGGCUCGGGCACAGCUGUGGCCAAAAGCGCCUCGGAGAUGGUGCUGGCUGACGACAACUUUGCCACCAUUGUGGCUGCGGUGGAGGAAGGCAGAGCCAUUUACAACAACAUGAAGCAGUUCAUCAGAUACCUCAUCUCUUCAAACGUGGGCGAAGUCGUCUGCAUCUUCUUGACCGCAGCUCUGGGUUUUCCUGAAGCCCUCAUCCCUGUUCAGCUGCUUUGGGUCAACCUGGUGACUGAUGGUUUCCCCGCCACCGCUUUAGGCUUCAACCCUCCAGACUUGGAUAUUAUGACCAAACCUCCACGCAACGCUCGGGAGCCUCUCAUUUCUGGCUGGCUGUUCUUUAGAUACCUCAUCAUCGGAUGUUAUGUCGGGGCGGCCACUGUCGGAGCCGCUGCUUGGUGGUUUGUGGCGGCUGAGGAUGGACCGAGGAUCACCUUUUACCAGCUGAGCCAUUUUUUGCAAUGCGCUCCGGAUAAUCCCGACUACCUGAACGUAGAUUGUAAGGUGUUCGAGUCCCCUUACCCAAUGACCAUGGCCCUGUCUGUGUUGGUCACCAUUGAGAUGUGCAACGCCCUCAACAGUGUGUCAGAGAACCAGUCCCUGCUGAGGAUGCCUCCCUGGGAGAACGUUUGGCUGCUGGGAUCAAUCUGCCUCUCCAUGGCCCUUCACUUCCUCAUCCUCUAUGUGGAGCCUCUGCCGAUGAUUUUCCAGAUCACCCCUUUGAAUCUCACUCAGUGGCUUAUGGUGCUCAAGAUCUCACUGCCCGUCAUCCUGCUGGACGAGCUGCUCAAGUUUGCUGCCAGAAACUACGUGGAGCCUGGUAAAGAGCUGGAGAAGGCCGCCAGCUCCAAAGGCUGCCCCCUGCCUGCAUGUAUGGAGGGCAUCUCCUGGCCCUUCGUGGCCAUUACUCUGCCCCUGGUCCUCUGGAUCUACAGCUGCGACACUAACAUGGCCGACAUGUUCAUGUCCUGACUGAUUUGAGCACCACCUCUACUUUUCCAUCCCCUCCCCCACCCCACCCCACUGCCAUCACCUCCCCUCCCUCGUUCUCUCUGCCUUCCUCACUGUGCAUCAUUAGUGUGUGUGAAAGUGUGCGAGUGUGGAUGAGAAGGACCAACAAAAACACAACAGAUUCUGUAAAGACCAAUCCUUUGAAUUUGUAAAAGGGUGAGGCUGUAAAUCUGAGCGUCACUCCCAAGGCUGUGGACUUUUGCUGAUUGGAAAGAAAAUAGUGUUGCCAGUUCUUGUUUUUUUUAAUUUCAAUGAUGCCUUUAAGGUAUGUUUUAAAGAUGGGAACUUCAUGUCCUUUGUCACUACAAUUAGAGAACAUUUUCUUUACCUUCCCUGAUGUUAAGAAAGAAAUGGAAGAUAUGUGAUUUGAUCUGUACAGAGAUGGAACACUAUUUUAUGCAACUUUUUUUUGUUUGUUUUUUGUUUUUGUAAAGCUUUUGAAGUUGCUUUGACCGGCGUGGCUUAGACAUUACCGCCUUGAUUUCUUUUCUAACGUGUACCAUUGUGUCUUCAGUGUAAACUCAAACGUUUGUAAGGACGGGCGCCAUGCGGCAGAUGAGGAUGGAGGCAGGUUUGGGAUGCUUGGCUUUAAGCAAAACGAGAAAAAGAGCAUCAGUAGCUGCAUGUCGUGUCCACGCAUGAACGAACGGUUUCUCAUUUCUAAAUUUCCCCCUAACAAUAAGUCAACGAUAUUCUUUUCUACGGUUUGGAUGGAAAUCAGUUUUUCUGCACCGAGCAGCAGCUACCUCAAUAGUUGUUUAUUUUUCUUUUUGCUCAUCUGGAGUUUGUUCUUCUCCCCCCCUCAGUGCUCGCCGAUAACAUCUGAGGUGUGUCCCUAUAUAUGCCUGUGCAGAAAACGAAGAACAACACGCCCACUACUCUCUCUAACACCUAAUGUUUGUGACAAUAAGUCUGGAGGGGAACGCUAUUUACCAUCUGUGACGUUUGAUUCAAAGGACAAAAAUAAAGAAAAUCUUAACAUCCAUAAUACUAAAGUGCUCCAAAUGGACAUUGAAUGCAAAUAAAUAUUCCAACUGCCCCCCCCCCCUUUUUUUUUUUUUCUUAAAGGAAAAUACAGUGAUAAACCCUUUGAAUCAAGUGUUUUCUGUCUUUUAUUUAAUCCAGUUAAGACUCGUUUGUCAUAACUGUUCGUUUAAGUGUAUUUGUCUGUACAUAUAAUACUUGAAUACAAAUAUUUCAGACAUAUGAAUGCUUAUGUUUUCUUUACGCGACACGGCAGAAAAAAAGCCUUUGUGACACGGAUCCUAAUCUGCGGUUGGAUUCCCGCAGACCUUCAGAUUUGGAGUUCUUGUUGGAUCGCACUCCUAAACCCGACAAUACUAAUCCUAAGCGCAUCGUUUUGUGUGGAUAUUAAAAAAAA